AAGAGACUCUGACCAACCUCUGCCCAGGAAGAAGCUGAGGACAAGAUGAUGACCAGACCACACUGUGUGGUAAUGGCCCUACUACUGCUAGCAGAGGUCUCCAGGUUUGGAGAAGGAGCUUCUAAUCCUGGGUUUGUGGUCAGGAUCACCAAGAGAGGUCUGGAAUAUGCCCGCCAAUAUGGAAUGGCCAUCCUGAAGAAGGAACUGUCCACCAUCAACGUGCCUGAUUUAUCAGGAAGCUUCAAAGCUGGUUGGAUGGGAAGUGUGAGCUAUGAGUUUACGAGCCUGAGAAUCCGUAGCUUCCAAAUCCGAGACUCCGAUCUGAGCCUGUUCCCAAAGAGGGGUGUCAGAGCCUCCCUGUCCAAUAACUACAUGUCUAUUCAAGGGAACUGGAAGGUGAAAAAGGCUUUUGUCACCCUUCAGGGCACUUUUGAUCUGAGUAUGGACGGUGCUUCCAUCUCGAUUUAUCUGAACUUGGGCAAGGACAGGUCUGGACGACCCACGGCCUCUGUGGCCCACUGCAGCAACUCCGUUGGCCACAUCAGCAUCCACAUUUCUGGACACCUAAGCUGGCUCCUGAACCUCUUCCAUAAAAGAAUUGAAAACAAGAUAAAAGAUAUCUUGAAACAAGAGAUCUGCAGAAUCGUCAGGAUGUCAACAUCCUCAUACCUGGAGCCCUAUCUCCGGACUCUGCCAGUCACCAUGAUGAUUGACCAGGUUGCUGGCAUUGACUACAGUUUAGUAGGAGCUCCCCAGGUGACCUCCCAAGGCCUGGACACGCCCUUCAAGGGUGAAUUCUUCAGCCGAAGCCAGCGCACCCCAGUCCCCUUUGAUGCCCCUCCCAUCCGGCUGCCCCCGGAGCACAACCGCAUGGCCUACUUUGCAGUUUCCCAGUACGUCUUCAACACGGCCAGCCGGGUUUACCACGAGGCUGGGCACAUGAACUUCACCAUCCGAAAUGAGGAUAUACAGAAGCUAACCAUGCUUCUCAGCAAUCACUCGGCUAAAAAAUGGUGGAACCCAAACUGUCUGGACUCUGAGACUACACCUUUCACCACCAUGAUAUCCUGCUUCGUAAGCAGCCAUCUGCUUCUUCUGCUGCAGAUUCCUCUGGACUUUCCAAUUCAAUUGCACACCAAAUCACUAGGGGCCGUGAUUCCUCAGCUGUCCAGGUUGUACCCCAAUACAGAACUAGAACUUGAGAUAUCACCUGAAUCAGCUCCAUUCUUGAUCUUCACCCCUGGAAAUGUUACCUUCAAGCCAGUGAUGAACAUCCAGGCCUUCGCCCUCAUGCCCAACUCUUCUAACCACGAGCCACUCUUCCAACUAAGGGCGGUGAGGUUGCUGGAAUCCAUCUUCAAUUACUAUGCAUCCUACAUCAUAUUUCCCUCUUUCAAUGAGAAGCUUGAGGAAGGCUUCCCACUGCCUCUGCCCAGGGACACUUACCUCAACAGUGUGCAGCUCCAAAUCCACAAGGCUGAGGACCAGGGUGGCUCCUGCUUGACACAGAAGCAGGAAUAUGACCGGAUAUUUGACAGGAUGUGCCUGGUGUCCCCAUAG